AUGAAGGCACCCGUCGGUGGAGGUACUGGCUCGAGCCUAGCUCAAGCAAUCAUCAUUACUUCAGGCGUUUCAGCUCUAGUAUCUUCUCUAUUAUCUCUUGUGUCCAUAUGGCUUCAAAUCAAAAAUUAUCGCAAGCCCCUUCUCCAGCGAUAUGUCGUGCGCAUAUUGUUGAUGGUGCCGAUAUAUGCCGCAUCGUCAUGGACCAGUAUCGUAUCGCUUCGAGCUGCUCAAUUUCUAGAUCCUAUUCGUGACAUUUACGAGGCAUUUACCAUCUACACAUUUUUCCAGCUCCUAAUCAACUUCCUCGGUGGAGAAAGAGCUCUCAUCAUUAUGGCCCAUGGUCGUCCUCCCGUGUCGCAUGCCUGGCCACUCAAUCACUUCUUGCCAAAAAUCGAUAUCUCCGAUCCCCACACCUUCCUGGCUGUCAAGCGCGGCAUUCUGCAGUAUGCUUGGCUGAAACCGAUCCUAGCCCUAGUGUCGAUUAUCAUGAAGGCGACAGAUACUUAUGAAGAGGGAUACCUGAGCCUUACCUCCGGUUAUCUCUGGACGGGUCUUGUGUACAACAUCAGCGUCACCGUUAGUCUAUAUUCUCUCGCCAUGUUUUGGGUGUGUUUGCACGACGACCUCACCCCAUUCCGGCCGAUUCCCAAAUUCCUCUGCAUCAAAUUAAUCAUCUUUGCAUCAUACUGGCAAGGAUUCUUCCUCUCGAUCCUGCAGUGGUUGGGAGCUCUUGGCAGCGUUGCGGGAUACAGCCCUGACAACCUGGCUGCCGCUAUUCAGGAUGCUCUGAUAUGCUAUGAAAUGCCCAUAUUUGCCAUUGCGCACUGGUAUGCGUUCUCGUGGCAUGAUUACGCCGACCCAACCAUCUCUGCCGCGCGGUUACCGAUGAAGUAUGCGUUACGCGAUGCUUUUGGGCCUCGAGAUUUGGUGGAGGACACCAAGAUCACGUUCCGUGGGGAUAGUUACGAUUACCGAAUCUUUGACUCUGGCGACAACAUCAUCGCGCAUGCGGAGUCUCAUUCGCGGGUGAAGCGAAUGAUGGACGGUAUGAGGUAUGAACGUGGUGGGAAGGCCAAAUACUGGAUUCCAAAGCCCGGCGAGGCUAGCAAGCCGGGUGAGGUUAGUAGCCGCACUCCUUUGCUGGCAGGUGGUGAAUCCAGUAAUCGUUCCAGCAGGAAUGAACGAGGCAGCCGCGGUUCCAACGAGCGAUAUCGCUCUUAUAGUGAAAUUGAGGUCACACUGGACGAUGACGAUGAGCAACUCUUCAUCAAGGCUCGGGCGCUGGAGUUUGGCGACUGGAAUUAUCCGGUCAUCACCGCUCAUGAAGUUCCUCGGGACCAGCGACUGUCUCGUCCUGGGGGGUAUCAGCAAGACUCCUUUGCUGGGGGUGAUGUGAAAAAGUCGCGUUCCCAUCGCAAAGGUCGAGCGUCGGGCAGCAGCGACGGGCGAAAUCAGAACAAUUCGCGACGGUCCAGCAAAAGCUCGACCGCUCCCGGUCCCUUGCAGCGUCAUGCGAGCUCGACGAGCUCCCACCAUUCACAUCGUAGCCAGCUGGUCGACCUCGUAGUUGAGGAUCGUAAUGCCGAGGAAGAGGACCGAGCCCAGACGCAACGAGAGCUUGGAUCAGCCUGGGCUGGAGGUGAACCCCGACGAUUCUCGAGACCGUCCGGCCAGCCAAUCGAAGAGGAAGCUGAGGCCGAAGCUCCGACCAGGGAGGCCCCCGCGGAGUCUGUUCCGCCGGCCCCGGAGGUGGACCAGGAGGAUCAGACCCAUCAGACCCAUCAAGGGCAUCAAGAGCAUCAAGCGCAUCAAGAGCACGGGACAUAUCGGGGGGAGACUCGUUCCGAGACGCGAUGGACCUACAGUACGUUGGAAGAGGACAAUGUAUGGAAUCGAUAG